AUGACCCAACACAGUGAGACUUCAAUGAGUGAUCAUUCGGAGGUAUCUGUGACACCGCCACCGUUGGCUGUUAGUAAAAUGCUUGAAUUUGCGAGUUCAACACAAAAUUUUGGUUUUUUAAAUUUAGAGCGAAGCAGAAAUAUGUUGGCGGCUCCAUUAGCCGCCUUGCAUACAAUGACUGAAAUGAAAAGUUCAAGUAAUGGGAAUGGCACGUUAGGGAAUCCUCACGGUAUCGACCAUAUUUUGUCGCGACCGUCGCAAACGACUACCGCUAAUAACACAUCCACAAAUCAUUUACACUUUCCAGCGAAUUUAGCAUUCGCUGCACAUAACAGUUUGGGAAUGACCACGUCCACUGUGGACGGGUCACAUACAUCACAACCGGGUUCGGGUAGUCCUGCAUCCGCUACAGCUGGCUUACGCGGUUUUAAUAUUGCAGCCGCUGCGUUCUUUCAACAUCAUGCAAACAAUGCGGCUGUACAAGCUGGCAAAAGUGCAAAUCCAAGUGCUGGUAGUAUUUAUUGGCCAGGCUUUCAAGGUCUUGUUGCAAAUCCAAUGGCAUGGAGAGAUCGACUUAGCACAGGUACUGCAUUGAAUAAUGCCAAUGAAAAAGAUUCCAAAAAAAAACAUACGAGGCCAACGUUCUCUGGACAACAGAUCUUCGCAUUGGAGAAAACUUUCGAACAAACCAAAUACCUGGCUGGUCCUGAACGAGCUAAAUUAGCGUAUGCCUUAGGCAUGACUGAAUCACAAGUAAAAGUAUGGUUUCAAAAUAGAAGGACAAAAUGGAGAAAAAAGCAUGCUGCUGAAAUGGCAACAGCAAAACGGAAACAGGAAGUUUUACACAAUCAAACAGAUGAGAAUAGUGACAUGUUAUCAGACGACGAAGAUACUGGUAAACGACAAAGAAGACAUUAG